GAUUAUUUGGAUGGCUGGAUGGCAAAAGUAUGCGAAAAACGCUGCGUUUUAAUCAGUUUUCCUUCUACCAGAUUCUAAUAUAUGGCAAGCUGGCAACGGAACCACGCGGGGAAAUUUUUAGAAUCCCGGUUAAACUUUCUCGAGAAAAUUGAAAGGAAAGAACAAAGAAUUGAGAAGCAGAUGCUGAAAAAGAAGAAUUUCAGGAAGAGAACUUUUGAGGAAGAAGACGGCCAGAACAACAAAAACAACGCAUCAGAUGACGAAGAAGAGAGGAGAUUGGCACUAGAAGAAGUGAAAUUCCUACAGAAACAGAGGGAAAGGAAAUCAGGAAUCCCUGCAAUUCCAUCGGUGCAAAGUGGGAAUUUAGUUCCCAAGAAAGUAAUUGAAAAGAACGAUGGAGACGGAGAGAAAGAAGAGCUUGUUCUUCAAGAUACUUUCGCUCAGGAAACUGCCGUUAUGGUUGAAGAUCCCAACAUGUUGAAUUAUGUUGAGCAAGAAUUGGCAAAGAAAAGAGGCAAGAACAUUGAUGCAACAAAUCAAGUUGAAAAUGACUUAAAGCGAGCUGAAGACGAACUGUACCAAAUUCCUGAGCAUCUUAAAGUGAAAAGAAGAAAUUCGGAAGAAAGCUCUACUCAGUGGACUACUGGAAUUGCGGAGGUUCAGCUGCCCAUUGAAUACAAACUGAGAAAUAUUGAGGAAACAGAGGCUGCUAAAAAACUUCUACAGGAGAAACGGCUAAUGGGCCGGGCGAAAUCAGAAUUUAGCAUCCCAUCAAGUUAUAGUGCAGAUUAUUUUCAACGUGGUAGGGAUUAUGCUGAGAAACUUCGAAGAGAUCAUCCUGAGUUGUACAAGGACAGAAGUUCACAAGAUGAUGGUGCUGGACCCAAACCAACUGAAAAUAACACUGAUGCAACUCGUAGAGAAGCUGCAACAGAUGAGUUCAUGCUAGAGCGUUUCCGGAAACGAGAACGUCAUCGGGUAAUGCGGAGAUAGCAUCCACUUUUUGUUAAGCGUGGUUUUCUUGGUAGUCCUGAUGCUCUGUAAUCUUACCUGCAAUAUUUAAGGGAUUUAGGAGUUUCUAAGGUAAGAACGUAUAAUGAGACUCGAAUUGGUCAGCCCUCAUUCUAGCGAAUUCUCGAAACAGGCUAAUUAUUCAAUACAUUGUUUUGGUUCGUCUGUUUCACCACAAAAUAUUUCUUAGCAGCUGCCUCGGCACUUACAUCUCAAUAUUGCUGAUUUUAUGUAUGCAUUUUCCAAAUGAACAUGCAGAUGUAACAUAAUUGUAGCAGGGAUAUUUUGAUGUCUAUGUAUUUAUUUUGUUGGACAAAAGCAGUUUCCUUAAUCAUCUCAUUUUCUGGA